CUCGAGGAGGAGAAGUCGUUGCAGCUGAAAAUAUCCAUCUACUCUGAGAAUCCUCUAACCUUUGUGCUUGGAGAAAGAAGGAUCAGCCCUGCACUGCGAUGUCGUCGAGGAUGCUAGCAGGCUUGGGAUGGCUCGGGGAGUCCUUCAUCAGGAGCUUGAAGGAUCAGAUCGGCGACUAUUUGAUCCGAUGGCUUCUGGAGGAGCUCGGAGUCGUUGCAGGCUUGGGAUGGCUCAGAGAUUCCAUUGGGAGCUUGAUGGAUAAUAUCAGAGACUCUGUGAUCCGAGGGUUUUUGGACGAUCUCGGAGUCGGAGAUGACCUCGGCGAGCUGAUGAAUACUCUUACCAGGACUAUGCACAUCAUCGGCGAAGUCGAGAACAAGUGGAUUGAAGAUGAAGACACGAAAAAGCGAUUGAAGGAAUUGCUGAUGGAACUAAAGGACACUGCUUAUGACGCUGAGGACUUGCUUGAUGAGAUCCAGUUAUGGGUUCUAAAGCAACAGAUCGAGCAACAAGGAGCUCAGAGGGAUGAGGCAAGUAACCAAUCUUCUUCUUCUUCCGGUCUCCCUCCGAGGAAAAAGAUGAAAAUUUCGGUAUCUAAAGUUGCCAGUAGCUUAUUCGGUCGAGGAGAUGAUGUGAAUAGAGCGAGGAAAAUUCAGAUGAAGUUAGAUAAAAUCACUACUUGCAUCGCGGAUCUCAUUACUACAUUAGAUGCUGAUGAGAGAGAGAUGAUAACGUCAGUAGUGCCCCGAACCACCACUUCCUUUCCGAUAGAAACUCAAGUAUUUGGACGAGAGGAACAGCUGAAUCACCUUCUGGGACUGUUGGUGCAAUCUGCCGACGGAUCCGGAUCUAGCGACGGUAGCAUCUCUGCCUUAACUAUUGUCGGGAUCGGAGGGGUCGGAAAGACUACUCUUGCUCAGCAAGCCUACAACCACGAGAGGGUGCAGGACUAUUUUCAACCUAAGGUCUGGCUCUGUGUAUCGGAUAACUUCAACGUGGAGAGGCUUACCAAAGACAUCAUAGAAUUCAUUACCGAGGAAAAGUGUGAUCUCAGCAACCUUGAUACACUUCAAGAGGUUGUUAAGGAGAAGUUGACCUCAAAAAGGUUCCUGCUUGUCCUCGACGAUGUGUGGAACGAGGACAGUCUGAAAUGGGAAAGAUUUUGUGCACCAUUGAGGUCCGCAGUCCCAGGAAGCAAGAUUUUGGUUACAACUCGCUCUAAAAAGAUUGCAGAAAUGGUUGGCAAUCCGAUCCCUCUAGAAGGUCUGGAUGAGGCCAGCUGUUGGAAAUUGUUCAAGAAAUGUGCAUUUGGUUCCGAAGACGCUGGUGAAUUUCCACAUCUAGAAGCCAUAGCAAAGAAGAUCGAGGGCAGGUUGAAGGGGUUGCCACUUGCGGCAAGGGUAAUAGGCGAGUUGUUGAAGGCGCAGAUGAAUGAGAAGCACUGGAGCAACAUCGCAGAAAGUGAAAUCUGGCAACUACAGCAAGACGAACAGGGUGACCUGCCAGUCCUACAAUUGAGCUAUCAAUGUCUUCCGUCACACCUAAAGCGGUGCUUUGUUUUCUGUUCCCUGUUCCCGAAAGAUCAUCGGUUUGAUGGAGAACACUUGGUCCGGCUUUGGAUGGCAGAAGGCUACGUUGCUCAAGACAACAAUAUGACGAUGGAGGAUACAGGAAGCCGCUACUUCCUUGACUUAGUGAAUAGGUCUUUCUUUCAGGAAACUCCUUGGGGAUCGACAUAUGUGAUGCAUGAUCUCAUACACGAUCUUGCUCAAUUUAUUUCAGAGGGAGAGUUUUGCAGGAUUGAUGAUGAGUCGAAAGAGAUCCCUAAUACGACUCGUCAUCUAUCAACAACAUUAACCGAUGGAACUAAGUUAAUAGAGCUCUCUUGUUAUGAUAAAUUGCGGACCCUCAUGAUUAAUUACAAAAGUCAUUGGUUUGGCUUUGGAGUCGAGAGCCCUUUGUUCAUUCAGUUUGAAAAAUUAAAAAACAUUCGAGUGUUGAUAUUGCAGAACUGUGGCUUGCGGGAGUUGCCUGAGACAAUUGGUGACUUGAUACACCUCCGCUACCUUGACAUAUCCUACAAUUGUCAGAUUUGGAGGCUGCCAGAGUCAUUGUGUGGUCUUUACAAUUUGCAAGUACUGGAUCUGUUUCAAUGUCCACUACAGAGUUUCCCGCACGGCAUGAGCAAGUUGAUCAACUUGAUGCAUCUUAAUGCAGCAGACGAAAUAAUUUUCAAGAUAAAUGAUGUUGGGAAGCUGACUUCUCUUCAGAGAUUGUCUUCAUUCAUAGCACUCAAGGAUCAGAGACACAAGGUUGCCCAAUUAGACGGUCUGACACAGCUUCAUGGAGAACUUCGAAUUACCAAUCUUGAGAACGUUGAGAGUAAACAAGAAGCAAGCAAGGCUAAUCUGAACAACAAACAGUACCUUGAUGCACUGGCCUUACAAUGGACAUCGGAUGAUGGCUCCAAUUUGAACGGCAAUGAAUUAGUUAUGUCGGAGGAGGUACUCGAAGGUCUCCAACCACAUCAGGCUCUCAAACGUUUGACGAUCAGAGGGUACAAUGGUGUCAGACCACCCAGUUGGCUGCAGGCACAAUUGUUAUCGAACCUGAUAACUCUUGAACUAGAAAACUGCACAGCAUGGGAGGAUCUUUCAUGUAUUGGACAGCUACCGAAUCUCAAGAACCUUUACGUGAAGGGAAUGCCUGCAGUGAAACAAAUAAGUCAUGGAUUAAGUACAGAGAGCAAGUUCUUGCCUAAUCUGGAAGAGCUAGUGCUGGAGAACAUGGUGGCAUUGGAGGAACUCCCGAGUCUUGGACAACUGCCGUGUCUUAAGAUUCUUCGCAUCGAGGGAAUGUCAGCAGUGACGAAGGUAGGCCACGAGUUCUUUGGUUGUAGAGAUCAAGGCAAGUGUUUUCCAUGCUUGGAAGAACUCAAAUUCAGCGACAUGCCAGCAUGGCAAGAGUGGUCAUGGGCUGAUGGCGGAGAGCUGUUUCCCUGCUUGCGUAGGCUUGAAAUUGUAAGAUGCCCGAAGCUUCAGAGGUUGCCUCCCCUCCCUCCGCUUAAAACAUUAAGAUUAGAUGAAGUCGGAUUGACAGAAGCAACGUUGUUCUGUUUUCGAUCAAAGGAGUAGCUCAUUUGCCGAUAUGAUUUGAAGAAUGAUUUAAGAGUAUUGUGCAUCGAACAGUAUUGUACAUUUAAAUUAAAUUGUAUGUGUUAUUUGGGCUUCAAUGUUAUGAACUUUUAAAGAGUCAUUGAAUUUGUUGUAUGUGUUGGGAGUGACUUGAUUAUAAAUUGAAAUAUAUAAUAUAUAUUGUAUGAAAAUUAUUUGUUUAGAUUUUUCAUCUUA